AUGCCGGGCGGCUGGAUGACUGAUCAAGCAGGUCAGUUCAACGAAAGCUUUGCAGUUGAGGCAACACCGGGGAAGACUGGCGUGGCUCCCUUGCGGCCAGUGGCUGCAGUGUGGAAGGGCGCCAAAAUAGACUCCGUGAGUGCUGCGGGUGCCAGUUCUGCCAGCCAAGCCGCGGCCAUCAAGCCUACCAAGGCAGGCAAGUUGGUGCAGUCCACGGAGGAGUGGCUUGCAGGAAUCAGCAUGGAGGAAGUUAAGAAGCAUGACAACGAGCAGAGCUGCUGGUUCGUCGUGAAAGGUAACGUCUAUGAUGGCACUCCUUAUCUGCAAGACCACCCUGGGGGAGCUUCCUCCAUCCUCCUUGCCGGUGGUCUCGAGGCCACCGAGGACUUUGAAGCAGUGCAUUCCUCGCGCGCUUGGGAGAUGCUGAAGGACUACUACAUUGGCCCAUUGAAGGCAGCUUCGACAGAAGCUCAAGCUGCCCUAAUUCUACCGAGCUUUAGCAGAGUGCUGCUCAGCAUUCUUUCAUCUCCGCUGUGGAGCCUGAGUGCUCUCCUCACGCCUUUCAGUGGUCUCCGACGAGCGCUCCUCAAGCCUUUCACGUCACCUGCACCAUUCUUGAAUCCCCGAGAGAGCCAACAGCUUCAGCUUUCCGAGAAGAUCGUUGUGAGCCACGACACCCGAAUCUUUCGCUUCAAGCUGCCUUCUCCGUCGAUGACACUGGGGCUUCCCACCGGCAUGCACAUGACACUGAAAGCCAAGGUGGAUGGCAAGCCCGUGAUGCGGGCGUACACACCCAUGACAGAUGACAACACCAAGGGGCAUGUGGACUUGCUGGUGAAAGUCUACUUCAAGGGGGUGCAUCCGAGCUUUCCGGAGGGUGGCAAGAUGUCUCAGCACCUGGACAGUAUGAAGAUUGGGGACUCCAUCGACGUCAAGGGACCCAUCGGCGAGUUCGUCUACAAAGGCAAGGGCCAAUGCCUUGUGAAUGGCAAGCCGCGCUUUGUCACUGAGAUGUCAAUGAUCGCUGGCGGCACCGGCAUCACGCCGUGUUACCAGGUGCUGGCAGCAAUCCUCCGGGAUCCGGAGGACAAGACCAUGGUGCGACUUCUGUUCGCCAACAAGACGCCCGAUGAUAUCCUUGCACGAGAUGUGCUUGAGGAGUUGGCGGCCAAGCACCCCGACCGCUUCGUGCUGAGUUUCACCGUCGACAAAGUCCCUUCCGCAGACGAGAAUGUGAGCCCCUCUGAUGAAAAGAACUACACCUCAGCGUGGAAAGGUCAUGUGGGCUUUGUGACUCCAGCCAUGACCAAAGCCUGUUUGUUUCCUGCCAGUGAGGACACCGUGUGCUUGAUGUGUGGGCCUCCGGUGAUGUUAGAGAAAGCUUGCAUUCCAGCCUUGCAAAGCAUGGGCUACGUGAAUUCCAACAUCUUCUCAUUCUGA